UGCAUGGACCAAACCUGAGUGGGCUGGCACCAUGACGCUCACCCGGUUCGUGGUGGCUCUGAUUUUAGGGGUGAUCUCCGAAGUGGUCAGAUUUGAUCCGAUCCUCAGUUACUCUCUCCGCCACCGCCACCGCCAUUUAGCCCCUUUGGGUUCCGGGUAUCCUUAUUACCUUCCCACUCAUCCGCAGCAGCAGAGGACACCUCCACCGCCUCCUUUCCCCAGCGUCCCGCACCCGCCGCGCGCGCUCCAUGCCCAGAGCCUGCACGCGGUCCAUGCGGCGCGCACGCCCCGGCCGUACCCGGGGGGCUGCCCAGCCGGCGAGUCGUGGGUCAACGUGACGGACUUCGGCGCCGCAUGUCUACGCUGGGCAGAGGUGCCACCCUUCCUGGAACGGUCGCCCCCGGCGGGUUGGGCUCAGCUGAGAGGGCAGCGCCACAACUUUUGUCGGAGCCCCGACGGCGCGGGCCGACCUUGGUGCUUCUAUGGGAACGCCCACGGCCAAGUGGACUGGGGCUACUGCGACUGCAGACACGGGUCAGUACGACUUCGAGGUGGCAAGAAUGAGUUUGAAGGCACAGUGGAAGUAUUUGCAAAUGGUGCUUGGGGCACGGUCUGUAGCAGCCACUGGGAUGAUUCUGACGCAUCGGUCAUUUGUCACCAGCUGCAGCUUGGAAGAAAAGGAGUAGCAAAACAAACACCGUUUUCUGGACUGGGCCUUAUUCCCAUUUAUUGGAGCAAUGUUCAUUGCCGAGGAGAUGAAGAAAAUAUACUGCUUUGUGAAAAAGACAUCUGGCAGGGUGAGGCGUGUCCUCAGAAGAUGGCAGCUGCUGUCACGUGUAGCUUCUCCCAUGGCCCCAUGUUCCCGGUCCUGCGCCUUGUUGGAGGGAGCAGUGUGUACGAAGGCCGAGUGGAAGUCUACCACGCUGGUCAGUGGGGAACUGUUUGUGAUGACCAAUGGGAUGAUGCAGAUGCAGAAGUGAUCUGCAGGCAGCUUGGCCUGAGUGGCAUUGCCAAAGCGUGGAACCAGGCCUAUUUUGGGGAAGGAUCUGGCCCAGUAAUGUUGGAUGAGGUACGGUGCACUGGGAAUGAGCUUUCUAUUGAGCAAUGUCCGAAGAGUUCCUGGGGAGAACAUAAUUGUGGCCAUAGAGAAGAUGCUGGAGUGUCCUGUACCCCUUUGACAGAUGGGGUCAUCAGACUUGCAGGUGGGAAAGGCAGCCAUGAGGGCCGCUUGGAGGUGUAUUACAAGGGACAGUGGGGCACUGUCUGUGAUGACGGCUGGACAGAAUUGAAUACAUACGUGGUUUGCCGACAGCUGGGAUUUAAAUAUGGCAAGCAAACCUCUGCAAACCAUUUUCAAGAAAGAACAGGGCCCAUAUGGUUGGAUGAUGUCAGCUGCUCAGGAAAGGAAACCAGUUUCCUUCAGUGUUCCAGGAGACAGUGGGGAAAACAUGACUGCAGCCAUCGGGAAGACGUUAGUAUUACCUGCCACCCCAGCGGCGAUGGACACAGACUGUCUCUGGGUUUUCCUAUCAGACUGAUGGAUGGAGAAAACAAGAAAGAAGGACGAGUGGAGGUUUUUAUCAAUGGCCAGUGGGGAACAAUUUGUGAUGACGGAUGGACUGAUAAGGAUGCAACUGUGAUCUGUCGACAGCUUGGUUACAAGGGUCCUGCCAGAGCACGAACCAUGGCUUAUUUUGGAGAGGGCAAAGGACCCAUCCAUGCGGACAAUGUGCAGUGCACAGGGAAUGAGAGGUCCUUGGCUGACUGCAUCAAACAAGAUAUCGGAAGGCACAACUGUCGCCACAGUGAAGAUGCAGGAGUUAUUUGCGAUUAUUUUGGCAAGAAAGCAUCAACCAGCAGUAAUAAAGAGUCCCUUUCAUCUGUGUGUGGUUUGAGGUUACUGCACCGUCGACAGAAGCGGAUCAUUGGUGGGAAAAAUUCUUUAAGGGGUGGUUGGCCUUGGCAAGUUUCCCUUCGGCUGAAAUCAUCCCAUGGAGAUGGCAGGCUACUUUGUGGGGCCACACUCCUGAGUAGCUGCUGGGUCCUUACAGCAGCACACUGUUUCAAGAGGUAUGGUAAUAGCACUAGGAACUAUGCUGUUCGAGUUGGGGAUUAUCAUACUUUGGUGCCAGAGGAGUUUGAAGAAGAAAUUGGAGUGCAACAGAUUGUGAUUCACCGGGACUAUCGACCAGACAGCAGUGACUACGACAUUGCCCUGCUUAGAUUACAAGGACCAGAAGAACAAUGUGCCAGAUUCAGUAGCCACGUUUUGCCAGCUUGUUUACCCCGCAGGAGAGAGAGGCCACAGAAAACAGCUCCCAAUUGUUACAUAACAGGAUGGGGAGACACAGGACGAGCCUAUUCAAGAACUCUUCAACAAGCAGCCAUCCCACUGCUUCCCAAGAGGUACUGUGAAGAACGUUACAAGGGUCGGUUUACAGGGAGGAUGCUGUGUGCUGGAAACCUCCAGGAACACAAACGGGUGGACAGCUGCCAAGGAGACAGCGGAGGACCACUCAUGUGCGAACGGCCUGGAGAGAGCUGGGUUGUUUUCGGGGUGACCUCCUGGGGUUAUGGCUGUGGAGCCAGGGAUUCUCCUGGUGUUUAUACAAAAGUCUCAGCUUUUGUACCUUGGAUAAAAACUGUCACCAAACUGUAAUUGUUCAUAGAAACCUCAAGAAAAAAUAUUGAAAUAUACUGGAAAAUUUCUCAAUCAUCUCCCUGAUUAGCACUGAGCCAGAGAUGACAACCAGUGGGGACUGAGAUCCAUGUUUCUGCUUUGUGUUGUGAUAAAAACUGUUGACAGAUUUCAGGCUUGUGUACCACUUGCUCCUUUUGAGAAGUUGUGAUGUGUACCUUACUUGUUACAGAUACCUCAGUGUAAUAUUAUAAUUAGCAGUUGCCUACUCAAAUUAGCUUCACUACAUGGACUAAAUUCUAGAGAAAUUCGUGUAUUUUGAUUUUGCAUUAAGGUUUUUGUACUUGUUUGGAAUUCUUAACUUCAUAUAAUUCAAUAAGUAUGUGUAUGGAUUAACAAGAGACCCCAUCUGUCAUGAUGAAAUACCCUUUACUGCACUCAAAGAAUGGCAUUAUUUUCAAUUUAUGUAAUGUUUUAAGCUCUGAUCUUUCCAAAAAGCUCGAAGAAAUCUUCAUACUUUGUCAAAUGAGUAAACUAAGGGCCAAAAGUGUAAAGAAAUUCCGUUAUACACUUAGACUGGAAUUAAGAGGAUCACUGAGCCACAAGGACACCUGCCCAUCACAGUACAUUCCUGAAGGAAGUGAUCUGAUAUGUGGAAACAAGUAUCCAUGUAUUCACCAAUCACUAUGGAAACCAUAAGAGAAAAAUAUAUUGUAGCAACUUUCAUAUUAUAAGCUACUAGCAAAAUUUGGAAGUUAUCAAUUUCUAAUAAAGGAUGCUUCAAGUAGUUGUUAGGUGUUCAACCUAAUUUGUAAUUUUCCAUUAAAGAUUAUUUAAAUUAAGAUAGAAUUUAGGCAAAUAUUUCUGCAUUGUGAAUUUUGCCUAUCAGUCAAGUUUUCGAUAUCCCUUUCCUAAAAUAUUUUCAGGUCAGUUUCUCUCAAAUCCAAUUUGCAACAAGUUAACUAUCCUAAUUUAGAAUUCUGACUGGCCAGGACAAGAGAAAUUUUACUGUUGUAGAUUUUUUUCCCCGCAAGUUUUGACAAUAUAAAAUCACCACUGCUUUUGGCACACUGUCGAAGGAAACUGUUAAAACUCCGGAAUCUUUGAGAGGGAGGGAAGUACUAAUUAUACUUUUCAGGUCAGCACCGCAAAUUUUUAACUUAGUAAAUAGAAUUACAAAAUGUAACUUCCUUAGCAUCAUGCUGUUUUUUGGACCACGAUGGAUGAGUGCCACCUACUGCAAAUUUCUGGUAACUGACUUAAUAACUGUUUCCUAAGACAUUCACAAUACAGCCCCGUCUAGGCAUAUUUUUAAAAUCUCAUCUCAUUAACCUUAAUUUACAAAUGGAGAAAACAGGCCAAGGAGACACAGCUGUUCAAAGGCUUUAAAUCUAAACUCCAGAACAAUGCUAUUAACAAUACAUGGCUACUGUGGAAGGUGCUAACUCAAAUUCCACUUUUGCAAACGGAAAUGUUAUCUCCCAAAAGGACAAAGGGUCAUCCCUAGCAGCAAACAUAGUGGCUGUAAACAAUCCUCUUAAGUGUAAGCUACCCUUACUGUGAUCUUAAAACAUGGUUUCCCUUCAGCGUCAAACUGUGCACCCCUUUUAAUGUAGACUGGUACUAAAGGUGCUUUGUAUUACUCCUUGGCAGAAUUGCAAUGCCAUCUGUGACAACAGAAUUAAAGUUUUUCUGUAAGUGUGAUUUUGAUAAAUAACUUUUUAAGCAGUAUUCACAUCUACGGAUAGGAGAGCCACUACAUAUGAUGUACAGUUCACAAGGACUCGGGAAAAACAUGUAAUGGUAAGAAUAUCUUUGGUGAAACAUUCUCACAGGCUGCACUUCCAAACUAGUGCUGGGUGCAAUCGAUGCUUAUAUUUAAGUUUAAAGUAGACCACGGGCUGGCAACCUUCUUAUGAAAAGCAAUUCUGUCUGGAAAGAGCAACGAUUGACAAUAUACAUGGUAUCCUAAGAAAACAGGUAGAAAGUUUGCUGAAGCCCUAAGAAUACAUGGUUCAGUAAAAAUGCCUUUAGGAUAGCUAAAUUUUUUAGUGUGACCUUUUAAAAAACAAAAGUGUACAAAAUUGUUCAAAUAACUUUUCGCCUUGCCCAAUCAUCUUAAUAUUUUGUGUUGUAGCAACUAAAUGAGAGCCUCUAUCUUUUCCUUUGGGGGUAGCCUGGUUAUUUUCAUAUUUAAGACAGUUUUCCAAGGCACUGGAAAAUAUUCUAUCUCACUCAUGUUACUUCCACAUGUGCUGUUACCCAGACAGAGGUAUGUUUAACUCUAUCUUCAACUGUUUAAUUAUGCAGUUAAACAACACUGGUUAUCCAGAUAAAUCAAGCAUUUUAUUAAAACUAUAACAAAGAAGCACUUAUUUUAUUUUCUCCUUACAUUCCUUGUUCUUCUCACUUAAAAAUAUUUCGGCCUUUUGAAAGUACUGCCCUGGUAUUUCUUGGAACAUCACUAACAUCCAAGAGCCUGCAGUUAAGAUUUAAAAUCAAAUCUGGUGAUCCACUGCAAGAUGCUGAACAAGAAGACUUCACUCUCCACUCUCACUUGGGAUUUCUUGGCAUCUGUGGGAGAAAAAAACAACCCAUCAACAUAAACUCAUCUGUCUUCAUCCUACCCCGCUGUCUUCACAGGUUAAUUCGGUUACUUUCCAUUAGUUAGCCAUUUACUUCUUCAUAUUACAAAACAUCUAUGGUAAAAGCAAACUUUAGCAUUUCAGUUCCUCAGUGGUAACGGGCUUCUGAUUAACUCAGAAAUAACAUAGAAGAAACGUACCUUGUUUCCUCUCUUCCGUCGUGAAUUAGUCCAGCAUCCUAGAAACAUUUUAGCAAUAAUUAGAA